CCAUCCCUCUCUCUCACUUCAAAUACAACACCCCUCAAAAUCCCGACUCUCAACGUUCCCUGCCUGCUGUGCUCUCUAAAACCCUAUUCCUCACUCUCUCUCACUCUCUUAGGGUUUCGAUUUUAUAUUCCGCAUCAAAACGAUGUCGUUGAGGCCGAACGCGAGGGCUGAGGUCCGCCGCAACAGGUACAAGGUGGCGGUGGACGCGGAGGAGGGGCGGCGGCGCAGGGAGGACAAUAUGGUGGAGAUCAGGAAGAAUCGCAGAGAAGAGAGCCUCCAGAAGAAGCGCCGCGAGGGGUUUCAGCCGCAGCAAUUGCCGGCUAAUCUUCAGUCGCCGGCGCUGGAGAAGAAGCUAGAGCACUUACCGUCCAUGGUUGCUGGUGUUUGGAGUGAAGAGGGCACUCUGCAGCUCGAGGCAACUACUCAGUUUAGGAAGUUGCUAUCAAUUGAGCGCAGCCCUCCAAUUGAGGAAGUUAUUCAAUCUGGUGUUGUUCCUCGCUUUGUGGAGUUUCUAAUGAAGGAGAACUUUCAUCAACUUCAGUUCGAGGCAGCUUGGGCUCUCACAAACAUUGCGUCUGGGACGUCUGAGAACACAAAGGUGGUUAUUGAACAUGGUGCUGUUCCUAUCUUUGUCAAAUUACUGAGUUCUCCAAGUGAUGAUGUUCGUGAGCAGGCUGUUUGGGCGUUGGGAAAUGUUGCUGGUGAUUCCCCAAAAUGCCGGGAUCUGGUACUUGGCAGUGGAGCUCUGAUUCCAUUGUUAUCGCAGUUGAAUGAGCAUGCAAAGCUCUCUAUGUUGAGAAAUGCUACUUGGACAUUGUCAAACUUUUGCAGGGGAAAGCCACAGCCUCCUUUUGAUGAGGUUAAGCCAGCACUUCCAGCUCUAGCUCGUCUGAUUCACUCAAAUGAUGAAGAAGUCUUGACUGAUGCGUGUUGGGCUCUUUCAUACCUUUCCGAUGGUACUAAUGACAAAAUUCAAGCCGUUAUUGAGUCCGGAGUAUGCCCCAGGCUUGUUGAACUUCUGCUCCAUCCAUCUCCAUCCGUACUCAUCCCUGCUCUCCGCACAGUCGGAAAUAUUGUUACUGGUGAUGAUAUGCAAACUCAGGUGAUCAUCCAACAUCAAGCUCUUCCUUGUCUGCUGACCCUUCUGACCAACAAUUAUAAAAAGAGCAUCAAGAAGGAAGCUUGCUGGACAAUUUCAAAUAUCACAGCUGGAAACAAAGAGCAGAUUCAGGCUGUAGUCGACGCUAAUAUAAUUGGUCCACUCGUUCAACUGCUUUCAACUGCUGAGUUUGAUAUAAAGAAAGAAGCUGCAUGGGCAGUAUCAAAUGCGACAUCUGGUGGUUCUCAUGAUCAAAUAAAAAUUCUUGUAAAUCAUGGGUGUAUCAAGCCAUUGUGUGAUCUUCUUAUCUGCCCCGAUCCAAGAAUUGUUACAGUUUGUUUAGAAGGCCUGGAGAACAUCUUGAAGGUUGGAGAAGCUGAGAAGAAUUUGGGCACGACAGGAGGUGUAAAUCCCUAUGCUCAGUCAAUUGAUGAUGCUGAGGGGUUAGAGAAGAUUGAGAAUCUACAGACUCAUGACAAUACUGAAAUUUAUGAGAAGGCAGUUAAGCUUCUUGAGACAUAUUGGUUGGAGGACGAUGACGGUGAUGAAACAAUGCCACCAGGUGACGUUCCAACUGUUCCUGCUGGUGGUUUCAACUUCGGAGGAAAUGGUCCAAGUGUUCCAUCUGGUGGAUUCAACUUCAGUUAGAGGUGAUACGCUGUUUUCACACAAUAUAUACAGUUCUUGGUGUUUGGAACUGGAAUGGUGUCAUGAUGUUAUGUAUUUGUAUGCCAUCUUAUCAAUUGCAGAAGUUACCCUCAAUAUGCACUCAAGUCCUUGAGUAUGGCCAAGGCAAUAGUCCAGUCCAGUCAGGUCAGGUCAGGUCAAGCGUCUUCUUAUGUCGGGUCUCUUUAGGGUUGAAUUUUGGGGUGGCUGGUUCAGGUGUAUUGAACUACUGGUAUAAACUGGGAUAUACUAUAUGAAGAACAUCUGCAUUCUGCAACAAGAUCAAAGGCCGGAGAUUUUUUGUUUC